AUGUCAAAGCGAAAGCCAAAUUGGACAGAGAGAGAGAAAAACAUUUUGAUGGAGGAAUACGAGAAGAAACGGCAUAUGUUAAAGGCAAAAUUCUCAUCUACUCUGACUUCUGGAGAUAGGACAAGAGCCUGGAAAGAAAUAGCAAACACAAUAAAUGCUGGAAAUACCGUCCGAAGAAGCACAAAGGACAUUCAAAAGAAAUGGGAUAAUAUUUGUGCGACUGCAAAAACUGAAGUCUCAGCGUACCGACGCAGUCAAAAACAAACAGGAGGAGGUCCUUGCUCAAAUGACAUUUCAUCAAUUUCUCAAAAAGUAUGUGACAUUCUUGGGGAGGACUCUCCAACUAUCUCUGGAAUAGAAGGAGGUUUAGACAUCGACGAAAAAGAUCAUGUAAGCGUUUCAAAUGAGAACAAAGGACGGUAUGAAUAUUUGCCUGACAGUGAAGAUGAAGAAGACAUUCCACCCGUUUCAAAGAGACAAAGAAUUUCUCGGGGUACAACGAAAACCAGCAGUGAGGACAGUAACCCAUCAGAUCCGCUAACAGCAUUGCACACGGAGGUGUUGAACCUGGAAAAAGAAAAACUCAAUUUACAAAUUGAAACACUGAAACUGGAAAAGGAAAAGCUAUCAAUGGAGAAAAAUAAGUUAGCACUGGAAAUAAAUAAACUCUCUUUUGAAAUGAAAACAUAUGGUAUUGAUGUUGAAGUACUGAACUGA